AUGCGUAUUCUCUACUGGAUCGCGGCCAUUGGCGGUCCAGGAAUUUGUUUCCAGGCCUACGGCCGCCUCCAUCAUACUGUGACAUCACGGGUAGCCCCAAACAAGGUUCGAGUCAGCUCUAGAGAACUAUACUCGAUUCUCGGAUUCGGUGAAUCUACAAACUCCAGUGGCAGAGGUGUGCAAUACUCGGGCAACGUCGGUAAUCCAUAUGGAAGCAACAUCAUUGAAGUCCCAGGUGCACACGCGAACCAAUAUAAAUACGUUGUGCGUUUUGAAGGCCCGGAGCAAGGUGAAGCCUGGACUAUCGUGAUCUGGAACAAGAUUGGGCCCGACGGUACAAUGGGAGGGUGGUAUGGCAAGGCUUGCAAAAUUUUUGCUUUGGAAGCUGGCCAAAUUCGUUACUUCGCAUUUGAUGAAGAUUCCCAGGGUGGAUGGGCUGCAGCGCCUGGUUCUCCUGUUCCAGUUGAUGACAAUGGUGGCUACGCUUCGACCUGGGGUGAAUUUGACUUUGGUUCCGCUACCAAUCUGGGCUGGUCGGGGUUCGAUGUUUCCGCUAUAGCGGCGCAAAACGCUGGCCUUGAGGUUCAGGGUAUGAAGGUCUGCGAGGUUCUCACUCAUAUCUGCUCUGUUAUUGGUCCGGCAGCAUCCGUCGUUUACAACGCCUACACAAGUGCUGUUGCUGACAUUGGCGGUAUUGGUGGGAAGCUCGCUCCCGGUCCUGUGAGGCUUGCAGUCAUUAUUGAUUACGAUAUUACACGCGGAUGA